UUUCCAAUUGCAUCUUCAGAGCCUUCUCUGUACUCUACUUCCCUUCUUCCUCCCAUUCUCUCACCAAAUCAUGGCUUCCUCCACUGCUUUGGUUUUCGGCUCACUCAUAGCAAUCACCAUGGUUCUGCCAACCCUCGCAACCGUCCACACCGUCGGAGAUUCUUCAGGUUGGGCAAUUGGUUCUGAUUAUAGCUCAUGGACCAGUGACAAAGCCUUCGCAGUGGGUGAUAGUCUUGUGUUCAACUAUGGAGCUGGGCACACAGUGGAUGAAGUUAAAGAGAGUGACUACAAAUCAUGCAGCGCAGGGAAUUCAAUUAGUACAGACAGUAGUGGCGCAACCACCAUUGCCCUCAAGACUGCAGGCACUCAUUACUUCAUAUGUUCUGUUCCCGGACAUUGUUCUGGCGGCAUGAAACUUGCCGUCACUGUCAAAGCAGGAAAAGACACUACUCCUUCAACUGGGAAGGCUCCACCUUCUGAUGGUACGGCCACCACAGCCACGCCAGCCACCACCACCACCACCACCACAACCACUGCUGGUAGAUCAAACUCGGCUUCAACAACUGGUGUGUUUUCAGUUGUUUCCAUGUUGAUUGUUUCAGGGAUCUCUUUCUUUGGCUUGCGCAUGGCGUGAGGAAUUUGAUCGCUGAGCCAGGACAGAGGCAGUGCUUUUAGAGUUUCUUCCACCCUAUUUUAUUACUAUAAUUAUAAUUAUCACUCUGUUUUCUGGUUUCACUUAUUCAGAUUUACCUAUGACUACUAAUUCAAGUCUUUUGUAGUGUUAGUUGUCUAGGAAAUUUCCCAUGUUUGGUACUUUUUUAAUAUUUUUUGUUAUAUAUUAUUGGGCACUAUUCCGUAAGAUAUUUUCUUUAAAAUACUAUUUUUUGUUCUAGUUUUGUUGAGUUUGUGGAAUGUGGUUUUUUCUUCAUUUAAUAUGAUUUUAAUUUUUGUCAA